AUGGGUGGAUGGGUUUUCUCCUCAACUUGCACAAGAAGAAGUACAAGCAGAAGAAGAAGAAUCGACAUUCUCAAGGACAUUUUACAAAUGGUGAUUAUGGAGCGGCUGAAGUCUCCUCCUUCUCUCAUGAUCGUCUCUGACCUUGAUCAUACCAUGGUUGAUCAUCAAGAUCAUGAGAACAUUUCUCUUCUUCGGUUCAAUUCUUUGUGGGAAUACGCUUAUCGCCGUGACUCUCUUCUCAUCUUCUCAACUGCAAGAUCACCGAUUCUCUACAAAGAACUGAGAAAAGAGAAACCUUUGUUGACUCCUGACAUCAUCAUUACCUCUAUUGGCACCGAGAUAGCGUUUGGAAACUCCAUGGUUCCUGAUCAUUCUUGGGUUGAGACCUUGAACAGUGACAAAUGGAACCGGGAGAUAGUGUUAGAAGAAAGCAGCAAGUUCCCUGAGCUAACUCUUCAGCCAAAAACAGAGCAGAGGCUGCACAAGGUCAGCUUUUACAUUGAUGAAGGUAAAGGUGAGCCAGUGACCAAGGAACUAUCACAAUUGCUGGAGAAACGUGGCUUGGAUGUCAAGAUCAUUUACAGUUGGGGGAAGAAUCUGGAUGUUAUACCAAGAGGUGGAGGAAAAGGAGAAGCUCUUGAGUAUCUUCUCAAGAAGCUAAAGGCUCAGGGAAUGCUCCCGGUGAAUACUCUUGCUUGCGGUGACUCUGAACACGACGCUGAGCUAUUUAGCAUUCCUGAUGUUCAUGGUGUCAUGGUGAGUAAUUCUCAAGUAGAGCUAUUGAAAUGGCAUUCUGAAAAUGCUUUAGACAACUCAAAGGUUAUACAUUCGAGCGAGAGGUGUGCAAAUGGGAUUAUCCAAGCCAUUAGUCAUUUCAAGCUUGGUCCAAGUCUUUCUCCGAGAGAUGUUUCUGAGUUCUUGAAUCGGAAAACAGACAAUGUUGGUCACGAGGUUUUGAGAUUCUACUUGUUUUAUGAGAGAUUGAGACAGGGUGAGAUCAAGAGCUUUGAGACAUACAUAGACAGCUUCAAAGAGUCAUGUCAGAAAGAUGGUGUCUUUUUGCAUCCAUCAGGUGAAGAGAAAUGUCUGAGAGACACCAUUGAUGAGCUGAGGAAGCAUCAUGGUGACAAGAAAGGGAAGAAGUUUUGGGUUUGGUUAGAUCAGGUUCUGUUGAUAGACACAACUCCUGGGAAAUGGAUUGUCAAGUUUGAUAAGUGGGAGCAAUGUGAGGAUGAGCGUAAAUGCUGCACAACGACUGUUGAGUUCUCUUCAAAGGGAGGAGAUUUGGUGUGGGAACAAGUGAAGCAGAUAUGGUCGGAGGAAUCAGAGAGAAAGGAUGAUUACAUUUCCUGGAUUAUCUGA